GGGAGCGUCCUGCCGCUGGCUCGCCGCCCCCAGCCCGGCGGGGCGAUGCCUCUGCGGCCCGCCGGGGCCCGGGGGGAGGGGAGGUGACGCGCCGCGCCGCGGCCCGGCCCGGCCCGGCCCGGCCCGAGAGCGGGGCCCAUGGCCAGAAUCAGCAUUUCCUGCCUGUGCCCAGCAUCAUGGCAUUUCACUGUGCCCCUGGUGAGCCUAUGUCCUCGUCAGCGACUGGCCCUGCUGGGACUCUUUCUUGGAGUCUGUCUCCUGCUACUCAUGGCAGCCACAGAUCUGCGCAAUUGGGGUUCCUCUUCCCCCCCAGACAAGCAGUUUGAGAGGUACCUGGCACGGGUGGGAGACCUGGAAGCUACAGACACAGAGGACUCAACGCUGAACUAUGGGAUUGUUGUUGAUUGUGGGAGCAGCGGCUCCCGGGUCUUUGUGUAUUUCUGGCCACCGCACAAUGGGAACCCUCAUGACCUGUUGGAUGUCAAGCAGAUGAGAGACCGGAGCAGCCAGCCCGUUGUCAAGAAAAUCAAACCAGGGAUCUCCGUGCUGGCAACAACUCCUGACCAAGCGAGUCACUACAUGCGCCCGCUGCUUAGCUUUGCUGCAGCUCAUGUGCCGGUAACAAAGCACAAAGAGACUCCGCUCUACAUCCUGUGCACGGCGGGCAUGAGGCUGCUGUCUGAGAGACAGCAGGGUGCGAUCUUGGAGGACUUGGUGAGGAAUGUGCCCCUGGAGUUUGAUUUCCUCUUCUCCGAGUCGCAAGCAGAAGUGAUCUCAGGGAAGCAGGAAGGGGUCUAUGCCUGGAUUGGGAUCAACUUUGUCCUGGGGAGAUUUGAUCACGAGGAGGAGGAGGAUGCGAUGAUCACUGUGGCCCUGGGGGGUCAGGCAGAGUCCCUGGUGCGGAAGCGGACCGUGGGGAUCCUGGACAUGGGCGGUGCCUCUCUGCAAAUUGCCUACGAAGUGCCCAGCAUGGAGACCUUCUCCUCCCCACAGCAGGAGGAGGCUGCCAAGAGUCUGCUGGCGGAGUUCAACCUGGGCUGUGAUGUGCAGCACACAGAGCAUGUGUACCGUGUCUACGUCAGCACCUUCCUGGGCUUUGGGGGCAACUUUGCACGGCAGCGCUACGAGGAGCUUAUGCUGAACCAGACCCAUGCCCACAACAGGCUGCAGGGCCAGCAGACGGGGACAAGUGCCGAGACACCCUUUCUGGAUCCCUGCCUGCCUGUGGGGCUCGAGGACACAGUAGAAAGGGGUGGCCAGACCCUGCAUAUCCGAGGGCGAGGAGACUGGCAGGCCUGUGCACAGCUGCUGCACCCUCUGCUGGCAGGGGUCAAUGGCAGCCAGGCCUCCCUGUCCCACACUUACCAGGCGCCCAUUGACUUCAACAACAGUGAGUUCUACGGCUUCUCUGAGUUCUUCUACUGUACUGAGGAUGUGCUGCGUCUUGGGGGCCGCUACCGUGCACCCAGCUUCACCCACGCUGCUCAGGAUUACUGCAGCCUGAGCUGGUCAGUGCUGACUCAACGGUUCCAAGAGGGCCUGUACUCACCACACGCAGACCAGCAUCGGGUCAAGUAUCAGUGCUUUAAAUCUGCCUGGAUGUACCAAGUCCUUCAUGAGGGUUUCCACUUUCCCCUGGAUUACUCCAGCCUGCACACAGCCCAGCUGGUGUAUGACCGUGAGGUGCAGUGGACCCUGGGAGCCAUUCUCUAUAAAACACGGUUUCUGCCACUCAGGGAUCUCCGGCAGGAGAGCAGCCGGCAGGCCCACAGCCCCUGGCUCCGCCUCUCCUUCGUUUACAAUCACUAUCUCUUCUUUGUCUGCAUCCUGGUGGUGCUGCUGGCCAUCAUCCUCUACCUACUGCGGCUGCGCCACAUUCACAGACGCCAGCUGCAUUCAGCUCCGCUCAACCUGCUGUGGCUGGAAGAGGUGGUGCUGUUGCCAGGCCAGGAACUGGGGCCUUAACGCUGCCACAGCCCAGGAAUCUGUCUGAGCCACAAUUCAACCUGCUUCUAGGUUCCAGUUCCAGCAUCCGAAGUGGAACCUAGGCUGGAUGACAAGUGCCCAAAGCCUCCUGUCAGGAGGUCCAUCAUCAUCUCCUAGAGCCAGGACCAGAGUCUGACAGGUCCCGAGCAGCACAGGACAUGGCUCUGGUGCUUGUAUUUCUGACAAACAAAGGCCUGGAGGGACUUCCUGCUGAGGCAGGAGAGGCGAUACCCACUAAGAGGUGGCAUCAGCAAGGCAGAGCUAGCACUUCCUACUCAUGGAAGUGUGAAGGCAGCACAGUUGUAGCAUUUCCUCUGAUCUGCUAUCUUGCAAACCUAUGGAACUCACUGCAAUAAGAUAUCAGUGAGGCCCAGAGUUGGUAGAAUUCAGAGCAUGACUAGACACUUGAAGGACCAACAAGCACAGCGCUGUUCCCUCUGGAAAGUCAAUCCUAAAGGACUUACAGGUGCCUAAGCCAGCUUCUGCCUGCAAAGGAGCAGGGAGCCCUAGCCCCUAAGUCUCUGUCCUUCUGCCCUGUUGGGGACACAGAGGAGCCCCUGCCCCUCCUGUCUUCACAGACAGGCUGCAGCCUUUGCUCAGUUUUUCUCUCCAAGCGGACGGGACUGGGACCUGGAACCUUGGCCCUGGCUUUAUGUUCAGGCUGUGCCUGCAGCAGUCAGAGAAUUGGCUGGAGCUGGCCAGCCAGCAUGAUGUGCUUCCUUGGCUCCAGGGAGUUGAUGUGACAGCUUGGCCUGUAGUGCCCAAAGGGCGAGAGUCCCUCACCCCAUCUUCACAGAAGGAGAGGGGUUUGACCCAGCACAAAGGGCUGAGCAGCAGUGAGUCUGUUUCCAUUGAUGUGUCCUGUUCCCAAGCAAUGGGGUGCCUCAUGGUCCAUAGGGCAUAAUACCCCAGUCUGAGCUAUGGGGUCUCUCAAUUUCAGACAGGGGCAGCACUUGGAAACUGCGUAAUUCUGUGCUGAACUGGGUUGCUUCUCCUAGAAGCUGGUUGAAUGAACGUUCUCCCUAUGCCCCCAUCCCAGUCUCAGGGCUUUAAGCCUCUCUUCAGCCCAUCUGUUUGGGUCUGUGCACCUCUUCACCAAUGCUGCAUCCCCGCAGCUCUCACCCUAAGGAGGGGCGCUCUGUUAUCUCAGAUGGAUUACAUUUGACGUCUUGUAAGGGCUGAUAAGACACUGGCCGCAGCAACAGGCCUGGAAGGGCCAAUAGCUUGUUCUCUGGAAAGGGAGGCAGUACUUGUCCAUGGGUGGGCAGGGGCCUUCCUCAUUCCAACCCUAUCCCAAGCUCAUUUGCUGCCAAAUCAUUUUCCCUACCAAGGGCAGCAAUCCCUCCCCCAGCCAGUGCUGGCUCAACUUGGCCAAGAACCCCUGCUGUAACCUGCCUCCCCUGGCUCCAGAGGUUAGCGCGGGAAUUCUUUUGGCCAGGACUGCACUGGGUCUCUGCAGGGGUUGAGUCUUCCCCCACAGCCAAGUCCAUGUCUUCAGCCUCCAGGCCCUGCAGAGACUUCUUUAUAGUGCAGAUGGUCAAGGGUGGAGCAUGUUGGUGCACAUCUUCCUCUGCCAUGACUGGCAGCUUUUUUCUCCAGCCUAGGGGUCUUCCCCAAGACCGCUGAGCUGCCAGCUUUCUAUCAGAGCUGCCUCCAGACAUGAAAGCUGCUGUGGGUGAGCAGGUCCAUUAUAGCCACUGAGUGGGGCAGAUCUCCCCUGCUACACAACCCCUAUCUUUGUGUACAGGUGGUAGAGUUCCCCUUGGUGAGCUGGAGGCUGCUCCUGGCAGAAACCACCAGAAGCUAAGACAUCCUAGACUACAACUGGGGUGAUUGGGUAGAUCCCCAAGUGCUUGGUCAGUGCAUGGGGCUUUCCACCCUGUGCAUACUGCUGGGGGAGGCCUUGUUGCCCACCUCUUAAGUUUUCUUGAGUGGGUCCUGCAAGAGGGUGCUCCCUGCCCAUCCCAGGCCCUCUGGACCUUUUCCUUGGGCCUCCCCCUGACCCAGUAAUCUGAGCUGGCUGCAUGUGAUGCAGCCAGUUCAAUUUCAAACCAUGCCAAGGGAACAACUAUAUAUGCUUGUGCUCCACAUGUUUCACUUCCACACCCUUGUGUCCUGCCCUGAUAUCAAGUGGUGGGACUACCUGUAGAGAGGGUGAGGAACCCCAGUGGGCCAGCCUCUAUUCCACACUGGUCUCACAGCCCCCCAGGGAUACCGAGACCUCCUGGCCCUGGACAAAGUGGCCAUGUACAUCACCAGCAGGAUGCUGGAUGAGGGGAUGCUCUAUGACUGGGACCUAUUUCUGGUCCUCCCUGGUCUCAUGCAUCCAGGCAGCACCCACUGGCUCCCUAGACAGGUUUGAGAUGCUGUGGGGGGGCUGUCUAGGGUUCUCUGCUCAGUGUUCCCAUCUAGAACUCCACUCCCAUCCUGUUAUUCCUUAGUUAUCCCCUGUAUUCCUUUAGAUCCUUGGUCCAGUGGUCCCUCUCAGAAGGCUGAGGGAGGGGCCUUUAGACACAAGUGGUCUUGCAUCCAUGUGCCACCUGGAAAUUCCAAUAAGGCCUCCCCUCCUUGAGCUAGGCCAUACAUCCACUGUUUGAGCCCCCUUGGAUUACUUGAACCCCAACUGCUCCAGUUAUUAGAACAAUAAAUCUAUUGACCACCCA